UGGGGUGAAAGGUAACUACGGGAAGCGAAGGCGAUCAGAAAGAGCGGCGUUGAGUAAACAUCAGCAGGAGUUCAUUGUUACUCCACUGUGUUUAAACAAACACAGCGAAUAUUCACCCGUCAUCUUUGCUUUACAGCAGUGUAAUGAGAUUGAAAGAAAGGUCUGGGCAGCUCAGAUUAUGGAGCUGGUUCCUGCUCUGCUCCAGCUGUAUGCUGUCUAUAUGGGCUCAUGGAGGACAGCAUGGAGAACCAGCUGCUUCAAAUCAAGUGCCUCCACCAAUCACCCGCCUGGACAGAAAUAUGGUUCAGGAUAAAGACCACAUCAUGGAGCAUUUAGAAGGGGUGAUUGAAAAGCCAGAGUCGGACAUGACGCCUCAAGAGCUGCAGCUUCACUAUUUCAAGAUGCACGACUAUGAUGGCAACAAUCUGCUGGAUGGACUUGAGCUUGCCACUGCCAUUACUCAUGUUCAUAGAGAGGAACGAGGAGAUGACAGCCAGCCAAUGAGGGAAGAGGAUCUCAUCAACCUCAUUGAUGACGUCCUCAGGGACGAUGACAAAAACAAUGACGGCUACAUUGACUAUGCAGAGUUUGCGAGGUCUCUGGAGUAAAAGACGAGGGGAAGAGCCGCUGCCUUACUGUGAAUGCAGAUUACCUCUGAUGUACACAUUUCCAGCACAUUCCGUCACGUGUGUGCAAUUUCACAGGCGCAGUAUAUUCAUGCUUCAAUAUAACCUGUAUAAAUGUCAUGAAGUGACAUGAGAUGUUUUGUAAUUAUGCCAUCAGUGUAACAAGGAUUCAGUGUUGCACUCACAUCUGCAUAUGUCACGUCAAAAUGGACCUUAAUGUAUAAACUGCCAAAUUUAUCCACUGUAAACAAGCAUAAAUUGUUAUUAUUGAAUAAAUGCUUUGCAGUAACACUUUCCUGCAAAGCUGACGGUUAAAUUAAGCUAAAGUGGGAUAUAAUUGCUGCUCUGCUGAUGAAUGAUGGCAAACACAUGCUCCUUCUGCCUUAAAGGGAUUAUCAUUGUUACUGUCAUUAUAAAAAUCCCAAUUCAGAAUAACAAAAUACUUUAUUAGUAAGCACACAAAAUUUAGGUUUAUCUGGAUUGACAUAUAAACGUGCAAUAUGCAAGUUUCUGUACAUCUUAAUGAAUCCCUCUGUAGCUCUAUUGUUGUUUUGGAUCAUGUUAAAAAUAAGUGCAUUAGAGAGUAUUAGAAAUAUAUUUGAUGAUUUUAUGCAUUUCUAAAACAGAAAUAGGAACCAUAUCCUCCAAAACAUCAUGGUGCACUGUGUUUUACCUUGCUGUUAGAGUCUGAAUGUACACAAAAUGUCAUGUGGGUCAAUGACAUGAUGCUCAUUUAGUCUAAAUUUAAUAAUUUAUUAGGAAAUACAUUUAAAAUGUAAUUUAUCUAUAUAGUGACUUCUCUUUCAUGGUAUUAUUAUUUUUAAAUUUAAAGAUCUUUUAAAAAAUUUUAGGGCAUACAUUUAAAAUAUAUUAAAAUAGAAAACGGUCAGUUUAAAUAUAAUUUUCCACUAUAUUUAUGUUUUGCUGUAUUUUUCAUCAAAUAAAUUCAGCCUUGAUGAGCAUGAGAGACUUCUUUGAAAAACAUUUUUAAAAAUCCUGAUUCCAAACUUUACUUCUUUCACUUUUAUUUUAUUUUUACAGUAUGAAGCAAAAAAAAAGAAAAAAAAGGUUAUACAACUAUGUUGAUAUGAUAAUUAAGAAAAAACAAAAAACAAAAACAAAGUUGUUUGGUAUAUUGUUUGGCAUACACCUUUAAUUGUUUAAAAAAAAAAAAGGAAAAACUUUUGUCCACCAAAUAUGUGGUGCAACUAAAAUUCAGGAAAAAAAAAAAUGUUUUCAUAAACAUUUUUUUAAAUUGUAUGUCAACAUGAAUAUUUUUAAGAGAUUGUCAUUGACCCAUGUCUGUUCAUUUACAUACAUUUUACAUACAAUGGCAAGAAGAACAGCAUUUGAUAUAAACCAUGUGUAAUUUAUUUCUACCAAAGCUGUAAAAUGUUACUGAUGUCUUGUAAUUGAAAUGUUGAUAGGGUCUAUUGUACAUUUCAUCUGAGAUCUGAAAAUGACAUACUCAUAAUAGUUCUUAUUUAAAGUCUGCAGUAUGUUCAGUGUAAACUGAAUUUAAUUGUCCUAAACAAAGGAAAUCAACAUAAGGUAAAUAUUUUGUCUAGGUAGAUAUAGCAAUAAUUUAGAGAAUAUGUUCUGUGUGAUUGCAACUGUAAUAAAGAUGGAAAAUGUCAA